AUUUUCGACUUUGUUCUCCCCGUCGAACUGAAUUCUCGCAACAAUGGCGACCGAGUUGACCGUCCAGUCGGAACGUGCGUUCCAGAAGCAGCCUCACAUCUUCCUUAACUCCAAGACCAAGGCGAAGAGCAAGAAGGUUGGCCAGGGCCGGAGAUGGUACAAGGACGUUGGUCUUGGCUUCCGUACCCCCAAGGCCGCCAUUGAGGGCAGCUUCAUCGACAAGAAGUGCCCCUUCACCGGUCUUGUCUCCAUCCGUGGCCGUAUCCUGACCGGCCGUGUCGUCUCGACCAAGAUGCACCGUACCAUCGUCAUCCGCCGUGAAUACCUCCACUACGUCCCCAAGUACAACCGUUACGAGAAGAGGCACAAGAACCUUGCUGCUCACGUCUCGCCCGCUUUCCGUGUUGAGGAGGGUGACUGGGUUACCGUCGGCCAGUGCCGUCCCCUGUCCAAGACUGUAUGUGGAUUCCUUCGAUUUGAUAUCGAUUCGGUCCUCGAGUGGCAACCGUAAUUCGACUUCCGUGGAUAUUGCGAUAUGGCUAGAGGGUUUUGUUUGUCAUGUGUGGCACGAAUGGAGGCUAAUACUAUUCUCUUUGCAGGUCCGCUUCAACACCCUCCGUGUCUUGCCCCGCACCGGUAAGGCCGUCAAGGCUUUCGCCAAGUUCUAAGCGCGUCGAUGGAUGAUGG